UCGUUGACGUUUGCAUUCAUUUGAAAAAUCUCUAAACUUCAACUUUAGGAUUAUUUCUCAUUCAUUUUUUACCUUGAGUGUUAAGUGAUGUUUUUUAGCUGUAGUUAAAUAACCGACAUACUGUUCAAUUAAAUAAUUAUUCAUCAAUUUCGCAAAAUAUAAAAUGAGCUCCGAAUCACCUGAGGUUCAUCCGCUAUCCCAAGAAGAUAUAGAGAAGGCGGAACAGUACAAAAAUGAGGCAAAUGAAUAUUUCAAACAAAUGGACUUCAACAAAGCAAUAGAACUCUACACUUUAGCAAUAGAGAAAAAUCCAAAUGUAGCUAUAUACUAUGCAAAUCGGAGUUUUGCAUACCUAAAGACAGAAUGUUUUGGCUAUGCCCUGACGGAUGCAUCUAAAGCAGUAGAACUCGACAAAACCUAUGUAAAGGGAUACUACAGGAGAGCGGCAGCAUAUAUGUCCUUAGGAAAGUUUAAGGAGGCACUGAAAAAUUAUGAAUAUGUAACUAAAGUUAGACCAAAUGAUAAAGAUGCUAGAGCGAAAUAUACAGAAUGUAAUAAAGUAGUGAAAAAAAUAGCUUUUGAGAAAGCUAUAUCCGUAGAAGACAAUAAACGAAACAUAGCAGACAGUAUUAAUUUAGAAGCUAUGACAAUUGAAAAUGAAUAUACGGGCCCUGAGCUUGAAGAUGGGAAAGUUACACUCAAAUUCAUGAAGGAAUUGAUGGAACUGUACAAGAAUCAGGGCAAGCUGCAUCGAAAGUAUGCUUAUAAAAUUCUUUUAGACAUAAAGGCGUAUUUCAUGAAAAAGCCCUCACUUAUUGACAUCACAUUCGGGGAUGACGACAAGUUUACUGUAUGCGGUGAUAUCCAUGGCCAGUUUUACGAUCUCAUGCACAUAUUUGAGCUCAACGGUCUACCUUCAGAAACCAAUCCAUAUCUUUUCAAUGGAGACUUCGUGGAUCGAGGAUCGUUUUCCGUAGAGUGUAUAUUCACCUUAUUUGGCUUCAAGCUACUGUAUCCUAAUCAUUUCUUUAUGUCUCGAGGCAAUCACGAGAGUGCUACAAUGAAUCAAAUGUAUGGUUUUGAUGGAGAAGUCAAAUCCAAAUACACUGCUCAAAUGGCCGACCUUUUUACAGAGGUUUACAACUGGCUUCCACUAGCCCACUGUUUAAAUAAGAAAGUAUUGGUGAUGCAUGGCGGUUUGUUUACGCGAGACGACGUGACGUUAGACGAGAUUUGCAAGCUGGACCGAAACAGGCAACCACCUGAGGAGGGUCCGAUGUGCGAGCUGCUAUGGUCGGACCCUCAACCGCAGCCGGGGCGGGCCCCCAGCAAACGAGGAGUCGGCUGCCAGUUUGGACCUGAUGUCACCAAGCGGUUCCUAGAAUUGAACAACCUGGAUUACAUUAUCCGAAGCCACGAGGUAAAACAGGAAGGAUAUGAGGUGGCACACGAUGGCAAGUGCAUCACCGUUUUCUCAGCGCCUAAUUAUUGUGAUACAAUGGGGAACAAAGCUGCGUUCAUCACACUAAAAGGCAAGGAUAUGACACCAAACUACACUACUUACGAAGCUGUGCUUCAUCCAGAUGUGAAACCAAUGGCAUACGCCAACUCGUUGCUAAGUUUAAUGUGCUAGUACCUGCCAUUUGUAGUUGAUUUUAUUAGUUUCCAAUUCCUUUUUCAAUUCUUAAUUAGGUUAAGUAUAAGCAUUUUAAUUAAUUUUGCUUCAUGUAAUUGAACUUAUGUAUUUGAGUAUGAACAUUAUAUAUGUUGUUUUGUUUUUUACAUUCUCUUUUUUUAUAAAUUGUACCUUGAAUACAUUUAUUUUCUCCUACCUCCUCAAACCAUGAUUGAUUGUACAAAAUUGUAAAGCUGCCUUCUACUCUUUCUACCACCAACGUUAUUUUAUUUGUUUUCGAAAUGUUCCAUUUUAUAGUGUAUAUUUUAAUAAAAAUUAGAAUACA